AUGAAAACAUUCAGCGAGUUCUUCAGUUCAGAAAAUCCUCGGUUGAAACAUCAGAAGCCGCUACACUCACCGAAGGUUACAGUAUGGGCCGCAAUUGCGAAAUGGGGAAUCAUCGGACCAUUUUUCUUUGAGAACAACCGUGGCCAAGCGGUAACCGUCAAUUCCGAACGCUAUACAGCUAUGUUGAGAAGUUUUUUGAUUCCAAAGCUGCAAGAAACGCGAGGCUAUACCAGGAAUACAUGGUUCCAGCAAGAUGGGGCUACGUGUCACACUUCUAAUGUGAGCAUUGAGGUGGUAAGAGAAAUGUUCCCACAAAAAUUAAUUUCACGAAGGGGUGACAUCUCCUGGCCCCCAAGAAGCCCCGAUGUCACUCCAGCAGACUUCUUUUUAUUGGAAGAAUGCUGUAACCGUCAAGGACGUCAUUUGGACGACGUAGUUUUUAAAAAGUAA